AUGGAAAGGUUGAAGUUUAAAUUGGGUUUUUUUGGUUGUUUAGCUAUAAGUAGUGAAGGGAGAAGUGGAGGAAUAGCUUUAUUUUGGAAGAAGAAAUAUAGUAUCAAAAUUCAAAGCUUUUCAAAGUGCCAUAUUCAUGUUGAGGUAACUGAGGUAACUGAUGCAGUGGGUGACUCUUGGUGGCUGACUGGAUUUUAUGGUCAACCAGAAGUGAGUAGAAGGCAUGAGUCAUGGUCUUUGUUGACGUCUCUAAAAGUUCAUCCUGAUAUAGGUUGGAUUAUUUUGGGAGAUUUCAAUGAGAUUAUGAGUAAUGUUGAGAAAAGUGGUGGUAGAGCCAAACCAGAAAGACAAUUACAGGCCUUUAGAGAUGUGGUUGAGGAGUGUCAAGUGCAUGAUAUGGGGUUUAGAGGCAGUCCUUUUACUUGGUGUAAUGGGAGGGAAGAGGGACAGACAAUUAGUGAGAGGCUGGAUAGAUGUUUUUCAAACUUGAAAUGGCACUCUUAUUAUCCAAUGGCUGUGGUCAUUCAUGGCAUAGUGGCUUAUUCAGACCAUAAGCCUAUUAUUCUAAAGCUGUCAGAUGAGGUGCAAGAGGGACCAAGAAGGAAAUUGUUUCAUUUUGAGGCAAUGUGGAUUGAAGAUUCUGGAUGUAAGCAAGUGAUAGAUGGUGCUUGGAAAGCUGUUGAAGGGAGAAAGGAACUCAGUACAGUUAUGAAGAAGAUUGAAUAUUGCAGUGAAAAACUGUCACUUUGGAAUCGAGCAAGCUUUGGCAAUGUGCAAAGAAGUUUAAGGUUGGCUCAAGAAAAACUCAAAAUGGCUCACCAAAUUGACCCUUUAUCACUGAAUCGACAGCAUAUUCAACAAGCAAGAAAAGAGGUCCAACAAUGGCUGCAAAGAAGUGAAAUAAUGUGGAAACAGAGAUCUAAGGUUAUGUGGUGGCAAGUUAAUGAGGCCAGGGAUAGAGUUAUUAAUGAGUAUUUUCAGAAUGUUUUUGCAGCAGCUGAGGAAAUAGGCAAUAUGGAUUUCUUGCAAGAUCUAAAUGGUAGAAUUGAUGCUCAGAUGGCAGAACAACUUGAUGUACCUUUCACAGCUAAGGAAGUCAAGAGAGCCUUAGAUGAAAUGCAUCCUACCAAAGCUCUUGGUCCUGAUGGAAUGGCCUCUAUCUUUUAUCAGAAAUUCUGGUCUAUUGUUGGGACUGAUGUCACUGAUGCAGUGCUUAAAGCUCUUAAUACUGGUUCUUUCCCUUUGGAGAUUAAUCAUACUUAUAUCACACUGAUACCUAAGAAGAAACUACCAGAAUUUGUUUCUGACUAUAGGUCCAUCAGUUUGUGUAAUGUCAUUUAUAAAUUAAUCUCAAAGGUAUUAGCCAGUAGACUAAAGUCAGUGUCACCUACUGUUAUUUCUCCAUCACAGACAGCUUUUGUACCAGGAAGACUAAUUACAGAUAAUGUUCUUGUGGCAUAUGAAAUGGUGCAUUUUUUAAGAAGGAAGAGGAGUGGUAAAGAUGGAUUCAUGUCUCUAAAGCUGGAUAUGAGCAAGGCCUAUGAUCGAAUCGAAUGGAAGUAUCUUGAGGAGGUGAUGAGACAGAUGGGUUUCAACCCAAAAUGGAUUCAAUUGUUGAUGUUUUGUGUUACAACAGUCUCUUUUUCUGUCCUUGUUAAUGGAGAACCUAAAAUACCAAUUCAACCAACUCGUGGAUUAAGACAAGGGGAUCCCAUUUCCCCAUAUCUAUUCCUACUAUGUACUGAGGGACUCAUAACAUUGCUGAACAAGGCAAAUGUGCAACAUCAGAUUGAAGGCUUUCAAGUAUGUAGAGGUGCUCCUAAGCUAAAUCACCUACUGUUUGCAGAUGAUAGCAUUCUAUUCUGCAGAGCUAAUAUGCAAUCUUGCUUAGUUUUGCUACAUAGACUUGAUAUCUAUGAGAAAGCAUCUGGACAGAAGGUCAAUAGAGAGAAGACUUCAAUGGUUUUCAGUCAUAAUGUACUUUCAGGCCCGAGAAGGGAGAUCAUGCAAUUUUGGGGGGUUAAUCACUUUCAGCAAUAUGAGAAAUAUCUUGGAUUGCCACCUAUGAUUGGAAGAGGAAAGUACGAAGCUUUUUUAGUGUUGAAGCAUCAAGUAUGGUCUAAAUUGCAAGGGUGGAAGGAAAAACUUUUAUCACAAGGAGGGAAAGGAGUGUUGCUGAAAGCUGUAGCUCUAUCUAUACCUACUUAUACUAUAAGCUGCUUCAAGUUGCCUAAGUCCCUAUGUACUGAGCUUGAAAGCUUAAUGGCAAGUUUCUGGUGGGGUCAGAAGCAAGAUGAAAGAAAAUUGAGUUGGAUUAGUUGGAAGAGGAUGUGUGAGUCAAAGAUGGAAGGAGGGUUACAGAAAGUUUCUUCCCUGAUGAUGCUAGAACAGAAUAGCUGGGAUGUUGAGAGAGUGAGAAGUAUUUUGCUACCAAGAGAAGCUGCUGAAGUGUUAUGUAUUCGAUUGCCCAUGGAUAAUAUACCUGAUAUGCUUAUAUGGGAGCAUGAGACAAGUGGGAUUUUCAGUGUUAAAAGUGCAUAUGAAUUUUUCAAAACCAUGGAGCAUAUUGGAGAUGUGGCUGAAAGUUCAAGAGCAGAAGAUGAAAAACUAUUAUGGAAGCACUUAAGGAAGAUGCAUGUUCCUCAAAGAGUUAAAGUUUUUGCAUGGAGAAUGUGUAAGAACAUUCUUCCAACCUUUCAAAACCUGAAGAUUCGAAAAGUAUUCCCUUCUCUAAUUCAAGUACCUGAAAGGAAGCAACUUAUAGAAUUAGUCACUGCUGUAAUCAGGAGAAGAAGACCAGGAGAGUUAGAGAAGUUUUUCCUACUUGCAUGGGGAUUUUGGUAUAGAAGGAAUCGGAGUCUAUAUGAGGGAAACAUUCUAUCAAUUCAGCAAGUGAUGGAGCAUGCUUUUACCUUAUACCAGGAACAUAAAGCAACAAUAGAGGCCACAAAGAUCAAGCAAAAGUAUAAGUGUCAAUGGCAGCCUCCUUCAGAAGGUGUCUUGAAGUUAAACAUUGAUGGUGCUCUUUUUAGUGAUAAAUGUAAAGCUGGUAUAGGGGCUGUGUUGCUUGACAAGGAAGGGAAGGUUAUAUUUGCAGCAAGCAAAUCUGAACCUGCUAUAGCUGAUCCUAUGGAAAUUGAACUUCUUGCUAUGUUAAGGGGUUUGCAAUUAUGUGUGUCCCUUGGCAUUACAUCUCUUCAAGUGGAAUCAGAUUCUUUGUUAGCAGUUCAAGAGCUGGAGACUGAAGGGUAUUCUACUACCUUAUGGGGUGGAUUGAUUCAGGCGGUUAAAUCUUUGCUUCAAAGGUAUCCAAAUUGGUCCAUUCAACAUAAGGGAAGAGAAGCUAAUGGAGUUGCUCAUUGCUUGGCUCGGUUUGCAUGGAAUUUAGAUGACAUUUGUAUUUGGUCGAACUCAAUUCCAGAUUGUAUUUCCCAAGCUAUUUGGGUUGAUUCAUCUUUGUAA